AUGUCGGUGGACUGGCGUGACAACACUGAGAUGGACAUGGACAGUCCUGACAAACUCAUGGCUCAGUGCUGCGAUGAGCAGAUCGAGGAAAUCCAAGACAACCCAGAGGAAGCGAUGAUGAUUAUGAUGGAGGAGGAGGAGGAGGAGGCUUGUAAACAGGCUCAGGAAACCGAUCUGAACUCGUCCUCAUGUCUCACAUCAGCACAGAGCAGCAAUGAAGCCAUCACUCGGGCCUUUCUUGAUGGGAUGGAUGUUGCAGAAGAAGCAGAGUCAACAUCAGAGGAGAAGAAUACAACAGAGCUGGCUGAUUUGCUGGACUCUCUGCAGCAUCUGCAGCUGCGUCUGACGGAUGCUGAGAGUCAGCUGGACGUCGAGCUGCUGCUGGAGCUGUUGCUUCGGUCAGAUUUCCAGCAGGCGUUCAUCAUGCACCGCAGUGUGGCUCAGAGCAUGAGACGCCUCUGUCUGCCGAUCCCGCUCACCGCACACGCACAGCAGCUCAGAGACGAGGUAGAGAGUGCCCUGCAGUCUAGUGAAUAUAAUGAAGCCACAGAACUCACAGGCCUGCUGACGUCACCACACCUGCAGGCCCUGAUGGAAGCUCAUGACUGUAUUGCUGAACAGGAAUUAGAUGUUGAAACUAUUGAAUCAGUGGACCAGGAUGAAAAGACCACCAAACUGGUUUCGCUGGAGAAAACUCGUGACGUGCCUCUGGGUGUGACCGUUCGUAACGAACAUGAUCGUGUCGUCAUCAGUCGGGUGGUGAGCGGUGGAACUGCUGAGAAAAGCAACCUGCUCAGUGAAGGAGAUGAAAUCUUGGAGAUCAAUGGCAUUCCAGUCCGUGGAAGAAGUGUUAAUGAUGUUCACAACAUACUGUCCUGCAUGCAUGGGUCUCUCACGUUUCUCCUCAUCCCAAACUUUCAAAACCACAAAGCUCCUCACAGACCAACUGUGAUGCAUGUGAAGGCAAACUUCAGCUAUGACCCAUCUGACGAUCUAUAUGUGCCAUGCAGAGAGCUCGGCCUGUCCUUCCAGAAGGGAGACAUCCUUCACGUCACCAGCCAGGACGACCCCAACUGGUGGCAGGCGUACCGCGACGGACACGAGGAACAGAAGCCCCUCGCUGGUCUUAUACCUGGGAAGAGCUUCCAACAACACAGAGAAGCCAUGAAAAAACCCCUCACAGACAGAAAUCAAGAGUAUAAAGGGAAACUCUGGUGUGCAAAGAAAAGCCAAAAACAGCUCAAAAAACUCUUGUUCAACCCAAGUAAGAAUAUCGAGCUUUACACAGAGGAUAUCUUGACCUAUGAGGAGGUGGCACUUUACCAUCAGCCGCCCAACUGCAAGCGCCCCAUCGCCCUGAUUGGGCCACCCACCAGCGGACAUGAUGAACUGAGACAAAGAUUGCUCUCCUUAGAGCCUGACCGAUUCACCGGGGCUGUUCCACACACCACACGAACCCCCCGUGCACAUGAGGUCAACGGCAGGGAGUACAACUUUAUUUCACGACAGAGCUUUGAAUGUGACCUGGCUGCAGGGAAAUUCAUCGAGUCGGGCGAGUUUGAACAGAACCUGUACGGCACAAAUACGGAUUCGGUGAGACAGGUGGUCAACUCAGGAAAAAUCUGUUUGCUGUGUCUGCAUCCCAGGUCCCUGCGACUGCUGUGUUCCUCAGAUCUUAAACCGUACAUCAUCUUCAUCAGACCUUCUCCACUUUCUCCUCCUCCUCAGGAUCGAUUCUCCACCCUGCUUCCCAGAGGAGUGAAGAAACACAUGCACGAUGAUGUGAGAGAGACCUUGGAGAAAGCACAUGAGAUGGAGCACAGCUACGGUCAUAUGUUCGAUGCAGUCAUCACAAACAUCGAGCCGGACAAGAGUGUCUCUGAGCUGCUGAGACUCAUUGACAAACUGGACAUCGAGCCGCAGUGGGUCCCUUCAGCCUGGGUCAGCUAUUAAACACUUUCAGUUCAGAAGAAAUUGUGUUGAAGGCUAAAAUACAAGCGGUAUGUUUGAAACGGCCUUCAUACUGUUUUUGUUUGUAUGAAUGUUGUGUACAGUGUGCUUCCUAUUUGUGUGUCUACUUGUUAAAGAUAUAGUUCACCCUAAAAUUUGGAGAAAUGUAGCAUUGCAUCAUAUGUGGAAUCCAAGUGAAUGGGUGCCGUCAGAACGAGAGUCCAAACAGCUGAUAAAAACAUCACAAUAAAAAAGCUGUGUGUUUGUAAGGAGCAAAUUAAUGACUAAGACCUUUUUAACUUCCAGCUGUUGCUUCUUCCAGUUAAAAAGUAAUCUGGUUUGAAUCAGGAGAGAAAUUGUGAUGUGAGAGACAACAGGACUUUUUCACUGGAUUGAGAGUUCAAGGUUAAAAUAGCUUAAUGCUGGAUUCGUUUUAGCUUUCGUCUUCUCCAGAUGUUAACUGAUGGACUGGAGUGCUGUGGAUUACUGUGAUUCUUUCUUAAUCAGCUGUUGGGACUCUCAUUCUGACGGCACCCAUUCACUUGCAGAGGAUCCAUUGCUGAGCAAGUGAUGCAAUGCUCCAUCUCAUCUGGGAUGGACUGAUGGUGAGUACAUUUUCAGUAAAUGUACAUUUUUGGGUUAACUAUUCUUUUAAACAUACUUAUGUGUAUACAUAAAUUAAAAUGAUGUAUUCACAUAAAUAUAGUAAGCUGUACAGUGUUUUUCCAUUCAAAAAAUCCCAAAUUGCUACUAUCCAUGUGGACUUCCAUAAGUUUUCUGGAGAUUUUUUGCAAUAUUUUUUUACCGUGUUUUGUGUUUGUAGUACAUUUCCAAACCUGUAAAAAAUUAAAUUAUUUUCUUAAUGUAGAUACUGCUAAAAGUAUUUCCUCAUCAUGGAGGAUAUUUGUGAGUAGUUUCAUAGAGCUGUAAAUAUAUCACGUAUUACACAUUAAUGUAAUAAUUGCUGAUGUAUGAUUUGAUAAUACCUAAGCCAAAACUAAUUUUAAAAUAGUUUUUCAUUAAAAAAAGUUACAUUUAAAAGUUGGCGUAAUGGUAUAUAUGUAACACUUAAUAGUUUAAGUGCAAAACAACUGAAGCAUUUCUUGAUUUAACAUUUAUUUUUGCAUUGAAAUUUAGUGAAUAUAGUAAUUAGAUUUUUUUUUUUUUAAGUACAUUAAAGUAAUAUAAAUAUUGUUUUAAUGCAACGUUUACCUUAUAUGGAAGCC